GGCCCCCAAUGCCCAUCUUACUGUGCAUAUGACCCUGCCACAAUCAGAGCCUCCAAAUGCGCCGCUGCGUUAUUUGUCUCAGGAUACCGUUUCGCUCCUCCUUGAAUAUCAUCCGGUUCGCAACUUCAUCAUAAUUCUGAGCCGACAAGAGAGGCAGCGCUGGUGCCUUCAGUGCCUCAUCAUGGCGUCGCCAGAUCCUCCAAGGCGCAUUGCAGCCGAAAACAAAGGGAGCGGCACGCAGCCUUUGCAUCAAGGAAAUGGAGAUCAAGGCGUUCUUAAGGGAGACAAUGGCGUACAGAACUUGAUUCAUUCUCAAAAAGUCUUUCACUUCCACGGAACAUCCAUGUCGCAAAUGGCCGAGUUGAUUCAUCAAGGAGAGGGCCCUUUCGAUCAACCAUCUCGCGUUUCAAUAAUUGAAUGGCUCAAACUUGAGUCACAACUCGAUUUUCGGGCCCACCACCAGACGCUCCUCGAUCAAAUGGUGAAAGGAACUGGCACGUGGGCUUUAGAAGGCAAUGGGUUCCAGGCUUGGAUAAAUGCUUCCAACCCAUCUCAAUUCUUCUGGAUAUAUGGCAUCCUCGGGUCUGGAAAAACAAUGUUGUCGUCCCUGAUAGUAGAUUCACUUGAGAAAGUGACCGAGGACAUUGAAAACACUGCUUGCAUCUACGUUUAUUUCCAGGACGGACAAGAUCAGCCCAGUGAAUCCAGACAGGAGCAGCGACCAACCUUUGCAAGCAUUUUGAUCAACUUGUUGAUACAGCUCCUGCAAUCCCAGAGUUCAGACGUCGUGGUGGAAGAGCUACAGGCCAAAUAUGCUGAUUGGCGCAGCCGGAUGAUGUUUCCCACCUCUGACGAUUACACCAAUCUGUUCAAAGCUGAAGUUGCCACCUUCGAGAAAGUCUACAUAGUAGUUGACGCCCUGGAAAACUGCCAAAAUUCGCCAAAGGAGAACACACAUGACAAAAUGCAAGCCUUAUUGAGGUCAAUGCCGGAAAACGUCAAGGUCCUCGUUACUUCCAGGGGCGGCUUGCUCGACAGCUGGGGCCUUCGAGAAGACCAAAUGUUCGAGCUUCAGCCAAAACGCGAAGAUGUUGAAUUGUACGUCAAAAGCCGCAUUCGGGAGAAUAGAGUUAUCCAGCGAGAUCCGGAUCCGAACUUUCAAGCCAAGGUUGUUCACAAGGUAGUUAAGGCCACGAGAGAAAUUUUCCUACUGACAAAAUUACACAUGGACUCUCUUGACGAGCAGGGAACUCUCGGUGGUAUUAAGUCUGCACUCGAAAUGCUCCCGGAGACUGUCCAUAGUGCUUUCGAGACGUCAAUUCGAAAGAUCAAGAUGAACGGGGAGUCGGAGACGAAACGAUUUGACCUUGGUCUUGCCAAACACGUCCUUAGUUGGGUCGUUGUCGCCGCGGAUCCGCUCAAUGCGACACAGAUCCGUCAUAGCUUCGCCAUCCGCCAUAGUACGAAGACUCUGAACAUCGACUUUCUGCCACAGGAAGCAGAGCUGACUUCUGUCUGCGCUGGGUUGGUCACAAUGGACCCAAAGACAAAGGUGCUCAGUCUUGUGCACGAGUCUGUGCUGGACUAUUUAUGGAGUCACGACAUCGUACCAAAGAGUUCCGACAUGGAUGUAGCAAAGAUGUGCUUGCGGUAUUUGCUAUUCGAGGAGCCGGAACAGGAUACCGAGCGCCCUCUCCUCAACUAUGCUGCCAGGUAUUGGUUGAAACACUUCUGCUUAGGAGAGCAGCAUAUUGACGAUGAGGCCGAGAAUUUGGCUAUGAAAUUUCUCAGCGACAGUGAGAAAGUCCAGAUUGCAUUUCAGGUCAUGGCUGGCAAAAACAGUCUUGCCUUGGGUGACAUGACUGGGUUACAUGCUGCCAUACACUUCAAUCGCCGAAAUUGGGCUGAGCGUCUCAUUGCACAAGACGUUAAAGUAGAUGCUACAUGUUCGGAUGGUCGGACUGCACUGCAUUGGGCUGCAAAGGAUGGUCGAAGUGACAUGGUGGAGUUGUUGACACAGAAGUCCGCGGAUACUAAUAUUCAAGACCGAUAUGGAGAUACACCGCUGCAUCUCGCAAUAAUGUGGUCAACAAAGGAUUGUAUGGAUGUUGUGCAUAAGCUUGUCAAGGCCGGUGCGCGAGUAGACAUCCGUGGCGGGAAGGGAUACACGCCGCUGGCAUGGGCAAUGCGCCACGGCCCUUCGUCCAUUGCUAAACUGUUGGCUGAGAACCAAGCAGACGUCAACGCAGAGGAUCAAGGCUGGACUUCUUUAAGAGAGGCGAUGGACCAGGGCCAAUUGGACAUUAUCGAGAUUCUGCUGAAGAAGGGAGCGGAUCUUAAUCGCCCGUCGAGUGUUGAUGGAUGGACACCCCUCAGAAAGGUGGUCCAAGACGGCGACGUUGAGAUGGUACACCGUUUGUUGGAGAUGGGCGCCGAAGUCGAUUUACGGGAUGAACAAAAUGGCUAUUCACCGCUGAGGUGGGCGGUCCUCUAUCAACACGAGUCGAUAGUCCAGCAGCUCCUUAAGCAAGGGGCCAACGUGGACGAGACAGCCAACGAUGGGUCAACAGCUCUGAUGGAGGCUGUAAAGACCAAAGAGACCAUCGUCUGGAUGUUGCUAGAGAACGGGGCAAAUCCAGAUGUCCAGGACAACGAAGGCCGGACCGCUCUUCACUUUGCGAUACGGAAGAAGCUAAAUUCUGUCAUAUGGCUCUUGAUCAUGAAGAAGGCCACGGUCACCAUCAG